CGGCUCCCGGGACCGAAGAUGGCGGACGCCGGCGCGAGCGGCAGCGGCGGCGGCGGCGGCGGCGGUAGCGGCGGCAGCGGCAGCGGUAGCGGUAGCGGUAGCGGCAGUGGGACAUCCCUUAGAGGGAUGCGAGAACAGUUGGUCGCUGUAGCCCAAGCCAUUGCUGAAGAAAGAAGAAACCAAAGUGGCAGUACUACUGUUCCAGUCCAACCUUCGAACAUAAAGUCAUCAACUAAGCCAGUGAUAGAUGGCUCCGUUUUGAAAUCUGAUGAAAGACAAAGACUGGCAAGAGAGCGCAGAGAAGAGCGGGAAAAGCAGCAUGCUUUUAAAGAAACACAGUUACUUGAGAAAGAGAAAAAGGCAAAACUCCAGUAUGAAAAACAGAUGGAAGAAAGACAGCGAAAGAUAAAAGAACAGAAACAGAGAGAACAACAACGACGAGCAGCAGUCGAAGAGAAAAGAAGGCAAAAGUUAGAUGAAGAAAAGGAACAUUAUGAGGCAAUGGUUAACCGUACUUUGGAACGUAGCAACCGCCUGGAACAGCGACAGAAGAGAUGGUCAUGGGGCGGCUCUGUAACACCAGAUUCAGACAGCAAAUCUGGUCUGUCGAGUGCUUCCUCACCCAAUCCUGUAGAUUUAGUUGACAAACUCCCUUCUUCCACAGAGCCGCAGACUGCAGAAGAAGGUGGAUCCAGUGGCAACAAAUAUGCUUCAUCUGCAGCAAAUUCCAAACAAACAGAUUCCGUUAUCAAUAAACGUUUGUCUUCAUCUUCAGCAACUCUCUUGCAUUCUGACAAGACUCGACGCUUUCACAUCAGUGCUCUGGAGAAUAGUAUAAUCAAUCGCCUUCUCACCCCUACACAAGCUUCUUUAGCUAAAAGCAAAAGUGCUGCUGUAUUAUCUGCUGCUGGAAAAGAUCCCUCAGAAUUUCACCUCUGUCCUCGUUCAGCUGCCUCCAGUACUAUCGGCUACCCACUGCAGGCUCCCAAGAUGCCCAUGCGCAGUCGCAGCAUUGACAGACCAAAGACUUCCAUUGUAGCCGCUUCAACAAAUGCUACAGGUUCUACUCAGAAGUCAGAAGUGGACAAGAAUACAUCUACUCGUACUGCAAGGCGAGCUCCAUCGCCAUCUCUAUUAGCUCGCAAGAGAUCACCUUCCCCUGCUAAUGUUAAGCGUCCUCCAUCUCCUUCUACAUCGAAAUUAACUUCAAGGAGUCGGCCACCUUCUCCUAUUACAUUAAAACAGCAGCCAUCAUCUCCCACUUCUGUUUUAAAACCAGCUUUUAAACCUAUUCAACGGCCCUUGAUCACACCAACUGUUAUAAACAUUACCAGAAAGAGUAGACUACUGGAAACAGAUAGCAAACCAAAGGACUUAUACGAAGAAGACAGAAAGCAGGAACACCGUAUAUCAUCAGCUUCAGAGAAAGAAAAGGUACCAUCUGCUCGAAAGACCAAAGAAGGGAAACGCCAUGCUCGGGAACUAAAGAAUCGUGAAGAAUGGGAAAGAUCUCAAAAAGAAGAAGGAAGGAAAGUAAAAGAAGAUAUUGAAAAGAAAGCCAUUAAAGAUGAUGCAAAAAUGCGACUUGAGGAAGAACAGCAGCAGAAGAAGACAGAAGAGGAACAGGAGCGUCUGACUGAACUCCAGCAGCAGAAGGAGGAAGCUGAGGCAAAGGCCCAGGAGGAAGCUGAGAGGCAGAGGCGAGAACGGGAAAGGAUCAUGGAGCAGAGUGUCCAAGAGCGUCUGGAGAGAAAAAAGAGAAUUGAAGAAAUUAUGAAGAGAACCAGAAAGGUGGAACAGAAUUCGGAGCAGAGUGAAGAGAAGUCCAAGAAUGAGGCCAUUGACGAGGACGAUGCCGAUGAAGCAGACGAAGGAAGUCUGGAAACAGUGGACCCACUGGCCAACAUCACUAAAAUGAAUUCACCUGAUGAUGUCAAGGUCGCAGGAGGGCUUCAUGCUCAGAACCCGACUUACACAAAACAAGCUGAAACCGCAGCCAGCGAUGAGAGCGAAGGACUCGUCACCAAUGGUGAUGAGAUGGCCGCAGAGCCAGGAAAUAGGGCUUAUUUGCAUAUGACUCCGGCAACAGAUCGCAGCCUUUCUGCCAAAGACACGGUUACUCCAAACUCAGAAAUUGUGGCUAUUGAGGAAACUGAGCACACAUCAAACUUGAAUGGAAAAUCCAACAAAUGGAUUUUUGAGGAGAUUGUCGAACAUGGAGUUCAUGCCAAAUCUUCCAAAUUGAAUCCCAGCAACACUCCUUCAAAAAGCUAUCCUCAAAACUCAAGAGAUGCUGCUACAUUUGCUCCAGGUCCCAAGGUAGCCUUUGAGGAGGAUGUAGUGAUUAAUUCUUUGACCACAACUAGAGGAAGCAAUACAGAUCUCUAAACACUCUGCUCCCGGAAGUCACUGGAUCCCAUCUAAAGAUCUUUCUUCAGGAAGCUACUUCUUGCCUUUAUCCCAGUUCAACCCUGUUAAAAUCAAGCUCCUAGCCGAGGCGAUACUACUCCACGGUCACCUUGAGUACUUUCAUGGGGUUACCUGGGUCUUAUUGUGUAUGUUAUUUUUCCUUUGGGUUGUGGAACUGUCAGUGUGACAGGAUUUCUUGGCAGUGUUAUUUCUGUUUCCUUUAAUAAUUUUCUUUAAGCUUUC